GCGGUGCUGCAGGGACCCCGGCGGCUGGCACCAUGCGCCCGGCCGCGCGGCUACAGGGUUGAAGCCCGAGGAAAGUUGCUCCCGGUGGCAGCAGCGUCAGAAGGGGGAUGGUGCCAGCUGCCUUCCAGCCGGGGCUGGCUCUGAGCUCCCCCAGCCUGCGGCGGCUGCUGCGCCGGGGCUGCUCCGCCUAAGCCAGCCCCGCUGCGGAGUGCGCGGGGAGGGGAACGGAGCAGCCGGCGAGCCGCGGAGAUCCAGAGCGAUGCUGGAGACUGGCUGGCUGCGAGGCAGCCUCGCCUCCGGAGCUGCUGCUCGCUUGGGCUGCUGAACACCGGGCGAACGCGUCCGUCCCCUGCCGUGGGGGCGCCGCCGCUGCGAGAUGGGAAGCGAUUGCCCGGGGCUCGGCGCUGGAAAUGUAACGCAGAGGAGCUGCUUCCACUAACAGGUCGCUGACCUUUGAGCCCAGCUUGGCCUGUGGCCCCGCCGGCAGCGGUACACCCCGAGCCUGCUGGACCACCCCUCUGGUGUCCUUAUGGAAGCAGCUGUUUCUAUCUGAGAUUAGGACCAUAUGCAGAAGUUGAGGAGGGGGAUGGCUUGUCCUAUUCAUGAAGCCUGUAUACUUCUGUUGCUAAUACUUGGGUUGGUCACCCCAGCUGCCAUCAAUCAUGAAGACUACCCUGCUGAUGAAGGCGACCAGACUUCAAGUAAUGACAAUCUGAUCUUUGAUGACUAUCGGGGGAAAGGCUGUGUGGAUGACAGUGGCUUUGUAUACAAACUGGGAGAACGUUUUUUCCCAGGGCAUUCCAACUGUCCUUGUGUCUGUACUGAGGAUGGACCUAUUUGUGACCAACCAGAAUGCCCUAAAAUCCACCCAAAGUGUACUAAAGUGGAACACAAUGGAUGCUGCCCAGAGUGCAAAGAAGUGAAAAACUUUUGUGAAUAUCAUGGGAAAAAUUACAAAAUCUUGGAGGAAUUUAAGCCCUCUCCAUGUGAAUGGUGUCGCUGUGAGCCCAGCAAUGAAGUUCACUGUGUUGUAGCAGACUGCGCAGUUCCUGAGUGUGUCAACCCAGUCUAUGAACCAGAACAGUGUUGUCCUGUCUGCAAAAAUGGUCCAAACUGCUUUGCAGGAACCACAAUAAUUCCGGCUGGCAUUGAAGUGAAAGUGGAUGAGUGUAACAUCUGUCACUGUCACAACGGGGACUGGUGGAAGCCUGCUCAGUGUUCAAAACGCGAGUGCCACGGCAAGCAGACUCUGUAAAGGCAAAAUAUAGACCAAUGAUGAGUCUAUUAAAAGACAAAUGUAAUGGCUUCUACACUGCACAUGUUAAACCUCCUGCCAGCUGCGCUAGGGUCACCAGCAAAACCUUUUAGGGUUAACAAAAGUGAAUAUUUUGCUAACAGGAAAGUUCUCUCACACGCCAUAUACAGAAUAUAUAUCCAGUAGCUAGAUAUCUAAUCUGCUUUUGCUUGAUGGGGACUCAGUAGCUGAGGUUUUGGAAGGGAAAAUACCUGCACAGGUUCCUCCACUCAUAAUGCCUCCAACCUGCCAAUUAACUUGCAGCUUAUCUAUCACUUCCUACAGUGUGAAUUGCAUUUUUGCUGUUGUGAUUUUUUUUUUUUUUUGCAUCUUCCUAAACUUUCUCCCAGAUAGGAUCUUCUGGGUAAUAAGGUUAUGGGUUAAACAAGAAUGAAUACUUUUUAAAUGUUUAAUGAUGCUAAAAAAGAGAUGAGAGGUGGAGGGAUGAAUAGAGGGAAGAAAUCAACUUGGACUGUAAACUGCAGAAAGGUCGGACUGGAUGCACAGAGAAAGAGGGAUCGACCACGUGCUAGAAUCACGCUGUCUGUGUUAUGCUUUCUCCACCAAGUGGGGACAAUCAAGUUGAAGAAAUCUACAAAAUAAUCAUGACUGAUACAUGAAAGCUGUCAAUCAAAUCACUAAACGAUGCCGGAUAACAUCAGAUGGAUGUAACUCCCUUGAUACCGAUGAACGUGAUGGGGAAACAUGAACCAAAAUAAUUUGGAAAAUGACACACACUAGGUUUGCAGCCAAGGUUGAAAAUGUGCCCCAUUUGUCACCAGCAUUGAUCUAGCUCUUUGCUUUGGACUGUUUGUAAUCACUUUGGAUACACGUACAUUCCUGGUGUACCUGUGCUGCCUUACACCAGCAAUUAGUUUGGCCCUUUGUGGCUUUUGCUAGCAUAAACAGUUGGGUCAACAUGCACAGACCCAAUGUGAAUAUAAUCAGCAUUGACACUAGCCCUCUGAUUUGGUUUCAACAUGCAGCUUCCCUGAGCUACAUCUGCAUUUACCUUGUCACUGUGCCAUCAGCACUCUGCGCCAAACCCUCAUCUCACUCAAGUCAAUGGCGAAAUUUCACUUGACCUCAGUGAGACCAAAGAUUUGGCCCACUGUUUCUAUUGCACGUGCAGAUCUGAAUGCAUCUCUGACCAGCCCCCAGUGAGAUUUCUGCAGCUGUUUUCUGGAGAUUUUUUAUGAAUUAAAAUCACAAAAUUGCCCUGGAGCACCAGUAGAAAUAGUGAUAUGGACAACUGGUUGUUCACAGAGCAAGCUAAACCUGUGCCCUUACAUGGUGUGAGCUGUGGCAGUGUGUGUUCUCCUGUUCUAUGGGUAGUGGAUAAGAUCUUGUUUCCUGAGAACACUCCUAAUGAGCCAUUCACUUUCUCGCCAUCCCCCAAGGCCUGUAACCAUGAUGGCCAAGGAACCCAUCUGUAAUAUCAUCAGUCUUAGGAGAUGAACACGCUUCUCGCACCUCAGACACUCCUAGACCCUAGCAGCCCAAGAGCAAAUGUCAAGUUUUGGGGAGAGGUAAGUUCAGUGGUUUGAGCAGUGGCCUGCUAAAACCAGGGUUAUGAGUGCAAUUCUUGAGGGGGCCAUUUAGGGA